UGUGCUCUCAAAAACACAAUCAUAACAGCAGGAGUGAUAUCACGACGGAGCGCUCUACGAGCAGACGGCUAAGGUUAUAUAGGUAAUUUUAAAGUGGAUUUCGGUGCUCAGGACCACUGAGCGGCCAUGGAAGAACUUACAGCGUUCGUCUCGAAAUCUUUCGACCAGAAAACCAAGGAGAGCAGUAAGGAGAGUAUCACGUACAGGGAAGUUUUGGAGAGUGGCUUGGCGCGGGCUAGGGAGCUGGGGAACUCGGAGACAAGUCUACAGGACAUAACGGAAGGCAGCAACCACUUCCCAGUACAUCUGUUCAAGGAGCACAUAGAGCUAGAGAAAGAAAAACUCAAGGAGUUUAACGUUUCGAGGGCCACAGAAGGGAUAUAUGAGUGUAAAGAGAAAAAGGAGGACGUGAAGUCGGAGGACGAGGACGCACAGAGCAAACUGAAGCAGCGGCGGAGCAGGACAAACUUUACCCUGGAACAGCUCAACGAGCUGGAGCGCCUGUUCGACGAGACUCACUACCCCGACGCCUUCAUGCGGGAAGAGCUGAGCCAGAGGCUGGGACUGUCAGAGGCAAGAGUACAGGUUUGGUUUCAAAACAGAAGAGCAAAAUGUCGAAAACAAGAAAARCAGAUGCAUAAAGACACUUCUUCCUACUUUCCAGGUGUCAUUCUGGGCACUGCCAGUCAUCUGGAUGCCUGCAGAGUAGCGCCAUACGUCAACAUGGGAGCUCUACGGAUGCCUUUUCAACAGGUUCAGGCCCAGCUCCAGUUGGAGGGCGUGGCUCACUCCCACCAUCACCUGCACCCUCACCUGGCGGCGCAUGCACCCUACCUGAUGUUCCCGCCCCCGCCCUUUGGACUACCAAUCGCCUCUCUCGCGGACUCAGCCUCUGCAGCGGCGGCCGUGGCCGCGGCUGCCAAGAGCAACAGCAAGAACUCUAGCAUCGCCGAUCUCCGACUCAAGGCAGGACUUCUGCGGGGCCAGUGGCUCAGUCCACUCCAGGCACACAUCACAAGUCCAGGACCAUACAAACACAUGUGGAUGUCUGUCUGAGCUGAGGGACAGGGCCAGGCCAGGGCCAGGCUAAACCAGGCCAGACCAGACCAGGAGACUUUAGAAUGAAGCAAACUGUCAAAGCAAGCACGCAGGGCCAAAUACUAGAGCGUCACUGAAUCCGAUGCCGUCACGUUGACUUUACAGACUGUUGCAUGUGUGAGAAAAGACACUAGCAACACAAGGCAUCGGACCCGCUCUAAACUUUAUACACAAAAAAACAAAAAAAGAGAUAAGAAAUGGCCACUGUAUUGUUUCCUGCCGCUGCCCAGUGCAUGAGUUUGAUUGCAGGACUAUCAUGGAGCCUGGCCUUCAUGUUGUAUCUGACCUAACGCCCCAACUCUGUUGUAUCACUGCCAUUCAAACCGCCCUCUAUACCCUCAUCCACAAGGUCAACGGUCAUUUGCGUUUGAUUUCCUUUAAACUUUUGACUGACAGGAAGAAGCGAUUCGAAUCCCUUUUUUUUUCUGCUUUCGGAGGACUAAGAUAUGUGUUGCCAGGAAUGUGUCCGAGUCCAAAUGUUUUUUUAGCUUUUCUCCUCACAUUGUUCUCUCUCGCUAGCCUUCUUUCUUUCUGUUUAUAGUGCUAUUUCGUAGGAAUAGAAGUGAAGAUAUUCUUUGCACUUCAGGUUUUGUAUGUUGGCGUUUACAAAUGGCACUACUAGAAGAUACUACUUCACUAAACGAGGCGGGAAUAGGAACCAAUUUGUUUUUUAUCAUGUCUUCAAAAAGAGACGUUCACGAAACGUUUUCGAAGGAUAAAGGGUAUAACUGCAAUUUUUUUGUAAUUUUUAAAACAUGAAGGAAGCAUCAGUUCAACUGAAAUGCACUUUUGUGCAGUUUUAAGUGCAAUACUGUAAAUAUGAAAAAGUUUAAAAAUAAUAAACAAAUUGUUAAUUGUUCAUUUUAAACAAAUGAUUUUCAGUCAUUUAUUUAAUGCACUGAUCAAAUCGGUGUGUCUAAUUUCUUUGCCAAACAAAUCUGUUUUUCCUAAAGCAUUGUAGUAUGUUGCGAACUCAUCCUCAAUCGUGUGCCAUAACUCCAGAGAUUCAAUGGUUUUCAAAUGUCGUUUUGUAAACACCAGAACACUAUAAUAGCCUGUUGAGGUAGACAUGAGCACAUGUGUUUCAUGCUGCAGAAAUUAACAAUUGAAAAGCUAGGAUCUGAAAUAAUUUAUCAUAAUUGAUAUGGGACAAAGAAUUUAUGUUACAUUCCACCAAAGAUUCUAACAAAUUUUACAAUAUAUGUUAUAGGAACAACAAAGCCAUGGCAGUGUUGCUUUAGGCCUGUACAUAUUAAACGUUUUAUGUUUAAGUUGCAAUUCCAUAGUAAGAUAACAAGAUACAACCUAGAUAAAUAAUGCCUACCAGCUAGGAUAAAAUGUUGAACACUUGUAAAUUCAAAGGGUAUUUUUUUGUGUCAUUGAGAAACAGAUCUCUGUGGGGGAUUUUGGGCCAUAGAACGGUUACAUUUAGCAUUUUUACUUUUUAGUCAUUUAUUCGAUUCUUAUAUAUUGAGUGACUUAUAAUCAUACAGCAAGAGGCUUUAAAUCAAAACAUGAUUAUCGUCAUCAAAACAUUCCGGAAGUGAUUACCGUAGUACUCAUUAACAGAGAAUUGUAUGCCAGAUCCCCUUACUUGAAGCAAUAGCCAGGUACUUUACGAGCUGAUGUAGAUUAAUGCUGUAUGCCCAUCGUGACAGGUUACAGCCGAUGCUCAGGGGUUGUCUCAGGUUGAACCUACCAAUCAAUAUCAAUAUCAUUCCAGCUCUGACAUGUACGCAGUUUCCAUGUCAGCCCUCAGAGCUCAUCAGAUCCCAAUCUUACCCCACGCCAGCGGAGAAAAUUGAGCCGCUAUGAAAUCCAGAUGUACGCCAGCAUCAUGGCCCCAAAUCUGGAACCGAACAUGUAUAAAGCCCUCUGUUCAAAUGACAGAGAAUCUUACAUUUUCAGCUUCCAUCUCAGUACUAUCUCUAACUGGAGCAAGAGCAAGGAUGUUGUGCUCGUACACCCUAUAAGGUUUCUGCACAUUUAAUUUGUACAUACAUCAAGUUUGAGUGAUAUAAUCGCAGACUGAUCGGCCUGUAUUUACUCACUGACCUCUCAGGCAGGGGCCUGCUGGGCCAGGUCUGAAAAUAACAGCAUCCUUUUAUGUGUACUAAUAAUUAGCUAGGCACACACAGCCAUCCAUCAACCAGCAAUGAGCCAUGGCUGCUUCGUCAACAUGUUAAAGCUGUUUAUGUUGGCCACAAG